AUGUCUGACUGGGACACCACCACCAAGAUCGGCAGCAAGUUCCGCGGAGCUGGCGCCGCCCCCCGCGAGACCGUCGUCAAGGGCAAGAGCGCUCUGAACGCUGCCCAGCGUGCCGGUGGCGUCAUCACCGAGAAGAAGUACACCACUGGUAACAUCAGUGCCAAGGCAGGCGCCCCCGAAGGCCAACACUUGACCAAGGUCGACCGCAGCGACGACAUCGUUAAGCCCAAGACCGUCGGCCACGUCGUCGGCGACGCUAUCAAGAGGCGCCGCAACGAGGAGGGCUACAAGAUGACCCAGAAGGAACUCGCCACCAAGUGCAACACCACCAUGACCAUUGUGCAGGACUUCGAGCGUGGAACCGCCACCCCCGACCAGAAGGUUCUUGGGGCUAUGGAGCGUGUGUUGAACAUUAAGCUGCGUGGUUCAGACAUUGGCGCAGAGAAAUUCCCCAAGAAGAAAUAG